AAGCAUUAUGGGUAGAACAUGGGGUGAAUUGCGUAAGGUUACCAUCGGCUGGAGAACCGGCGGAUGCGGGGAGUGACCCGAUUCUUGAUCCAGUCGCUGCCCUGAUGCAGCGGCUCGCCGGCCUCGCUGCACGCCGGGACCUCCGCAGCCUCGUAGCCGGGGCUCAGGCCUGGAGCAGCGGCUCCAUCUGCAGCAGGGAUCCGGCGUUCCGGUGCCAACAGCGGGGGAGAUUGUUUUCGGGUCCUGGGAAUCCUUUAAGCGCGGAACCCGGCCAGAGAUGUUCCAAGCGGAGGUUCGUGUUUGCCGGGGAGAAAUGCAGACUGUUCAGCGCCCGGGCAGGAGCCGAGGAGCCGCCGGGGAGCCCCGGAUCCCAGCCCCACGUCUCUGUGGUGGGCAUCCCGGACCCGCUCACCUGGAUCCGGUGUAGGGUCAUAACGCUCCUGAUUGAGCUUUACUUUGAGGUGGACAUCAACUCUGCAGAGUUUCACAGAGGAGUGAAACAGGCUUUGGUCCAUGUUUCCAGCAAAAUGUCCAGAGGGAGAUACCAUGAGCUGAAAGGGGUCGUGACCGAUGAGAUGAGGGAAUAUGUGGAGGAGAAGUGCAAACCUCUCACUAAGGCGCAGAGGAGGCAGCUCGCCGUCAAAAUGGAGGACAUCAUAUUUGUGCUACCGGAGGACAUCUCUGUUGUCUUCGACGAACACGGUAGGAAGUUCUGCUUCGUCGUCAUGAGGUUUUGGUUCCUGUCGUCACACGAGGGUCCAGACGACCCAGAGGCCACCAAAAUCUUCAAGGUGACCUCUGGAGAAGACGGGAGCCCUCAGGAGAAACUGGCUACUGCAGUUUAUGAAUUCCACGGAGAGCUAAAACCAGGAGCUUCUCCUGACUGGAUGGUGACAACCGUCUGGCACUGGCACUGGAAAAUGGCCGAGUGAAUUCACUUUGCAACAACGUCAGGAUGAAACUGGAGAUCUGACUGCUGAGUUUAAACCGUUUGGAUCAAACGCACCUGAAGCAGAUUUCAGUCCUGGGAGAAAAGACUCGGCAGCAUGGCGGAAAAACAUGCAAGGACAUAAAAACAUCUUGAAAUUGUUUUAAAAUUUGGGUAUAUACAACCUCAGAUGAACAAUUUUAGACAUAUUGCAUCAUUCUUACCAAAAGCUGAAAAUGUUGGAAAACAUCAUCUGUGACAGAUAAUAGAAUAGAAAAUCCGUUAUUGCAAAAAAAAAAAAAAACAGUUUGAAAAUUCAGGUGUAACAGCAAAUAUAUUUGUAAAUGGAAGCAUUAAUAUUGAAACUAUGGUAAGAAAUAUAAAAACUGAAAUUAUAGAUAUUGCAAAUAAAACUGGGAAGGGUUCCAAGAGGUCUCAAAUCACUUAAUUGACUUUAGUUUUCAACACAAAAAAUUUUAAAAUUUUAAAAUGAGAGCUAUCAUGCAAAAUGUACUUUUAUAAAGCUUUAUGUCAUUUUAUAAUGUUAUUGAGUGAUACUUUAAGAUACGGCUAUGAUGCAGAGUCAAAUUUCCUUUAAGUUGUUUUUGAUACAUACAUAAAACUGGAAAUAACAUAGUUACUUGACUGUGCUUUAAAAUGUCACUGUGUGGGUCACUCUUUUUGUAUUUAGCCAAGUUUAUUAAAUUAAUUAAAAGCAGAUUUGGGUGAAGCAAAGUUUGCUUUUGUGUAAAAGUCUCUGGUUCUUGAAGAGAAUCCAGAAAGCAAAUCCUUUGUACUUUAUCCAACAUUUGACUUGUUUGUGAUAAUUUUGUCCUAAGUAAAGAAAGAAAGUCUCCAUUUAUGUCAAGUACUUGUCCUGGGGGCCAAAUAUGUAUCUUUCAAAUUGUCCAGAGGCCACAAAUGGCCCGCGGGCCGUACUUUGGACACCCCUGAUUUAGCUGGUCUGGGGAUAGAGAUGAAUCUCAAAAGUAGCAACCAAGCAGGUAUAAUGGGACAGACGCUGCAUCUGCAAAUAUUGAUCUGAAAUGUAAAUUUUGUUCAUCUGUUGUUGUUUUUACCUUAUUUUAAGAACUGUUCAAGACUGUGUACUUUUACACUCCUAUAUGCAAAGCUAGACAAACCCAUAUCCUACUUGAAUUAUUCCCUUGAUGCCUUCAGCGCUCCACAACAAAAUGUUGCCACAAACAGUUUUGCCUCCACUGCUUUAAGUUAGUUGUUCUUUUUUUAUGACUUUACCAACAGAAGCCCAUUUGAAAUUUCAUCAGAUAAUUAAGUAUGCAAUCCCCAAAACAACCCAUAGAGCCAUAAACUGAAAAGAAAUCAACUUUCUCUUUUUUACUCCAUUCUGAAUGAUUUGGUUCAAACUAUUUUACCAAAGUCUAGAAUGUGACUCAGGACGACUGAGUUUUAUUAUUUUGUAUAAAUAAAUUGCUUGAUCUAAA